UUAACUGUUUAACACAAACCACCGCUACCUACCAUCCACUCUGCAUCACAUUACCAUGUCGCACAUUACCACUUAUGAUCUCCCCGAGUCCAUCGCUCCGUCCUCCUCGACCUCGAGUGCCUCAUCCGACUGCUCGUCGAGCAGCACAAGCACCCUUCGAGACCGUCGAGGGGUGUCGCUGUGGAUAUCGUUCUCCGCCGUCUUCCCCGUCGCUCCCAAACCCAAGGGAGCGCUCGGCCCGACCGUGAAUAACAUCCCCCGUCGGCGGAAGCGCAGUAGUGUCGUGUCCAUCGACUCGCGGCCCGUGUCUGAGAACUCAUCGUCUCUUGACCGGGUCGACUACUUUGCGUGAGGGGUCGGGUCG